UGACAGCGACACACGUGAUCGCCCAGGGCCACGUGACGCGGGCCGGCAGCGCGGCGGAGCGGAACGGGAGCGGUGCAGCCAUGGUGUCCAAAAAGCAGCUGGCAGACUUUGGCUACAAGGCGUUCUCGGGCUCCAUGAUGCUGCUGACGGUGUACGCCGGGUACCUGUGCAGUGUCCGUGUCCAGAGGAUGCUCCAGCACCGCCGUGAGCGGGAGAACGCGCCUGGCCCCGAGAGCUGAGCCUGCACUGGGAGCUGGGACCGGCCCCGGGAGCUGGGACCGGCCCUGGGAGCUGGGACUGAGCCCAGGAGCUGGGACCGGCCCCGGGAGCUGGAACUGAGCCCAGGAACUGGGACUGGCCCCGGGAGCUGGGACUGAGCCCAGGAGCUGGGACCGAGCCCACACUGGACCAGCCCCACCUUCCCGGUCCCCCCUGGGCUGGGGGAGGCAGAUGAAGUGCAAUAAAGCCCGUGUGAAAGUGG